GUAGUCGUACGUGUAUGGAAGUGAGUGUGUGUGUGUGUCCAGGCUGCAGCAUGUCUCUGUCCGGCGGUUUGUCGGAUACUUGUCAGCUCGUUUCGCGUGACCGCAUGGAGCCCGAGCCGCGGUGGGAAUAACAGCCGCCUCCGUCCAUGCGUCCACACUCUCCGCGGAUCCGCCGCCGCUGCGACACGUUGUUGUGAAGCUGCUACCGUGCAGACUUUGGAGGGACAGCGCUAACAUGCGGGUCACUUUGGGCGCUUUCAUUCAGUCCAGUCUGUUGCUGCUGGUCCGUGCAGACCAGUGGAGGCUGAAAGACUCCACCAACUGCGAGUUAAACAAGAAACAAACGGAUUUAAACUCCUUCCUGUGGACGAUCAAACGGGAUCCUCCCUCAUAUUUCUACGGAACCAUUCAUGUUCCCUACACACGCGUUUGGGACUUCAUCCCAGAGAACUCCAAGCAGGCCUUCCAGGAGAGCAACAUCGUCUACUUUGAGCUGGACCUGACGGACCCUUACACCAUCUCGGCCCUGACCAGCUGUCAGCUGCUUCCUCAGGGUGAGAACCUACAGGACGUCCUACCCAGAGACAUCUAUCGGAGACUCAAAAGGCACCUCGAGUAUGUGAAGCUCAUGAUGCCGUCAUGGAUGACGCCAGAUCAGCGAGGGAAGGGACUGUACGCUGACUACCUGUUCAACGCCAUCGCUGGGAACUGGGAGAGGAAGAGACCGGUUUGGGUGAUGCUGAUGGUGAACUCUUUAACGGAGGCGGACAUUAAGACGCGCGGGGUGCCAGUGUUGGACCUUUACCUCGCUCAGGAGGCAGAGAGGAUGAGGAAGAGGACCGGGGCUGUGGAGAAGGUGGAGGAACAGUGUCAUCCACUCAAUGGCCUCAACUUUUCCCAGGUAAUCUUUGCCCUGAACCAGACGUUGCUACAGCAGGAGUCUCUGAGGGCAGGAAGCCUUCAGGUUCCCUACACCACUGAAGACCUCAUCCGGCACUAUAACUGUGGAGAUCUCAACUCCAUCAUCUUCAAUCAUGACACCUCACAGGUUCCGAACUUCAAUAACGUGACACUGCCACCCAGCGAGCAAGUGACCGCCCAGGAAAUCGACAGCUACUUCCGACAGGAACUCAUCUACAAAAGAAAUGAGAGGAUGGGCAAGAGGGUCAAGGCCCUGCUGGAGGAACAUCCCGACAAGAGCUUCUUCUUCGCCUUCGGAGCAGGUCACUUUCUUGGCAACAAUACAGUCAUUGAUGUGCUUCGUCGCCAGGGUUACGAAGUGGAGCACACCCCUGCUGGGCAGCCCAUAAACAGAAGAUCAUCAUCAUCCAGACCAGAGUCUGAGGACCACUAUGACGAGUCUCCUCUCCUGGAGCCGUUCCUCCACGAGCUCCUGCACAAAGAGGGGGAUCAGGGGCGUCCCCUGGAGGACGACCUGUUACCCCACAUGCUGCUGCCACCAGACAGCCUGGAGCUGCUGGAGAAAGCAGAAAGGAAAAUGUUUAAGAAGAAGAGGAGGAACAAGCAGAAGAAGCAGCGGCACCGGCAUUUUAAUGACCUCUGGGUUCGCAUCGAAGAAAGCUCCAUGGUGCAGUCGCCGCCUCCGCCGCUCGUCCGCAUCAUCAACGGAUACAUCACGGUGCAGCCGCCCGACAGAGUCCACAGCCACUACGACUACCACCACGUGCCCUCGGCGUCGCCCGCGGCGUCCUCCUCAUCCUCUUUACUCCUCUUCCUCUGCACAUUUCUGACAGGAGUCCCACAGAUGUGGACCGCGCUGCUCUAGUAGAGACUUUGAAUUUCAAACUCUGACUUAUUGAGUUUCAUGUAUCAGCUCAUAGAAAGUGAGAUCUGAUCAUGCAUCAUAAAAACUGCAGCGCGCGGCGACUCCCAGAGACCGCGCGACUAAAAAGCAUGGAGAAAGCACGUGAAAUCAACUCGAGCUGUCAGGUAACAGUACACCGCCACGGAUGUUAGGUGAAAUUACGCCUGCGUUAUUGGGACAGGAUGGUAAAUCAUGUCAAAAGGAGCGCGGGGGCUCUUUGCGAAACUUGCGAGCUGUGUAAGUGUAUACAGCCGUGAGGUUUCUUGAAGCAUAAAAAAGGUCUCAUAAGGUUCCGGUUACUUAGCGUACACAGCGGGGGGGGGGCGAGUUGUGCGAGAAAUGCGGAAUGAAAGAAAAGGGGAAAGCUGACAAACAAGGAAGUAUUAUUGGAUGUUACGCAAUAUCCUGGUGCCCUCGCGGGGGUCACAGUGUUACAGUAGACGCUCAUCGUUCAGAAUGCAGUGCCUCGGAGAAUAUUAAAUCUCACCGUUCAGUGACAAAGACACAGGGACAUCAUUAAGAACCGUCGCUGAAUAUCAAAUACCUUCAAUAAGUUCAACUGGAACUGUACACCAUGUGCGCGUGUGUGUGUGUGUGUCAGUCAGCGCUUAAACCCCUUGCCUUGCAGACAGGCGUUCCUCCUCGUCUUCCAUUUUUGGAAGAUUUUUGCAUAAAAGCGUGGGUGAAAUUGUACAUAUUGUGUCUAAAUAUCAUAGAUGUAUUUUAGAAUUAUAAAGAAAAAAAAAUUAUCGGAAGUUGUUUAUAUGAAUGAAUGAAUAAAUAAAUAGAUAUGCAGUAUAUUUUUUUUGGAAAAUAAUUCAGGAACUAACCACCGUAACCUGCGUCAUGUGUCUCAUUGAAAUAAAAAAAAGGGACAUAUGAUUGUGUUGUAUUAUAUUGUAUGUACCAGUGUUAUCACUCGCUUUGCUGAAAGGAUUCACGUUAAUGUAUGUUGGAGCAUAUGUUUAAUUUAUUUAACAGUUACUACCAUAGUGUGGCUGUAGGCCAUGUGGAAUAUUCUCUCUGUUUUUGAUUUUUGGCCACCUUUAAUGACCAAAUGUGUUCUUUCCAAUGCAAUAAUAGUUUUUUUGCGACCACAUACAACAUGCAGAGCUUUGGGCUUUUCAUAGUUCACAUAAUAUGGCAUGAAAUAAGUGUAAUAGUAUUACCACAACAACAAUAAACCUUUUUGUGUAGAUUUUAAUGUUCAUGCUUGGCUGUAAAGUAAGAGAGAGUUUGUGUCUGUGACUGUUUGGCUUUUGUCUUCACUUACAGAAAAUCCUUGAAGUGUUUAUAGAAAAUACAGUUGUUGGAUUUAAUAAGCAAUUAAAAAAAUGUCAUCUUCAGCAAUAUUUACCUGAA